AUGCGACCCCUCGAUUUGGGCGCCGAUGUGACACUUAUCAGCACCACGAAGUUCGUGGACGGGCACAACAUGACUGUUGGAGGUGCGCUUGUGACGAAGCGGAAGGAUCUGGAUGAAAAGGUGCGCCUCACACAGAAUAUUCUUGGCAAUCAAAUGUCUCCGUUUGUUGCGUACUUGCAGCUGCAGACGGUCAAAACACUCUCGUUGCGUGUGGCGAAGCAGAGCGAGAACGCGCAAAAAGUGGCAGAGUUCCUUGAGACCCAUCGUGCUGUCGAGAAGGUGAUGUACCCAGGCCUGAAGAGUUUCCCGCAGAAGGCGCUUGCCGACCGCCAACAUGCCAAUAACUGCCACGGCGGCAUGUUGUGGUUUGAGGUGAGGGGUGGCACGGCGGCGGGACGGAAGCUCAUGGAUACGGUGCCGCGUCCUUGGUCACUCUGCGAAAACCUUGGUGCGACCGAGAGCAUCAUCACGUGUCCGGCCGUGAUGACGCAUGCAAACAUGACAACGGAAGAUCGUUUGAAGGUCGGAAUCACCGAUGGGUUCAUUCGCGUCUCCUGCGGCAUCGAAGAAGCAAAGGAUCUAAUUGAUGCGCUCAAGACUGCGUUGGAUGCGCUUUAA